GAAAUUGAAACAGUGAAAAGGAAGAUUGAUAAACCUCUCGGAAAACCCAGCUUCUCUAGGAAGGUUCACUCUCUCUCUCAACAGUAGCUAUAACAAAGAAGUAACAAUGGCGAUGGAGGGAGAAAAGAAGAAGAAAUCAUCUCCAAUCUCUCUACAACAAUUCAUCUCCACCAUGACCCCUUUAAUUGAUUUGGAGAAGGAAGCUGAGAUAUCGGCUUCUAUCAGUUCUGGAGCAUCAAGAAAUUUGGAUACUGCUCAAAAGAGAGGCUCCACAAUUCUAAAUUUGAAGUGUGUAGAUGCUCAGACAGGGCUAAUGGGGAAAUCUCUACUUGAGUUCCAAUCCACCAAAGGAGAUGUUCUUCCUGCUCACAAGCUUGGAACCCAUGAUGUAGUUGUUCUAAAACCAAACAAGGCUGAUAUAGGUUCUUCUGCUCUUGGACAAGGUGUAGUUUACCGGUUGAAGGAUUCCUCAAUUACUGUUGCUUUUGACGACGUCCCAGAAGAUGGUUUAAACAGUCCCUUGCGUCUCGAGAAAGUGGCAAAUGAGGUGACAUAUCGUAGGAUGAAGGAUGCCUUGAUACAAUUGAGUAAAGGUGUGCUGAAGGGACCUGCUGCAGAUCUAGUUCCUGUAUUGUUCGGAGAGAGACUGCCAACAGUAUCAAAGAAGGGUGUCACAUUCACCCCCUUUAACUCCAGCCUUGAUCAUUCUCAGAAAGAUGCCAUUUUAAAGGCACUGUCAUCAAAGGAUGUAUUUUUACUGCAUGGGCCUCCUGGAACUGGAAAAACUACAACAGUUGUGGAAAUUAUCUUACAAGAAGUGAAGCGAGGAUCAAAGAUCCUCGCCUGUGCUGCUUCAAAUAUUGCUGUUGACAACAUUGUUGAGCGACUUGCUCCUCACAGAGUCAAGCUGGUGAGACUGGGGCAUCCUGCACGUUUACUACCUCAAGUUUUGGACAGUGCACUUGAUGUGCAGGUUCUACGAGGGGAUAAUAGCUCUCUUGCAAAUGAUAUUCGAAAGGAAAUGAAGGCACUAAAUGGCAAAUUAUUGAAAACCAAAGACAGAAAUACAAGGAGAGAUAUCCAGAAGGAGCUUAGGACUCUUUCAAAAGAAGAACGUAAAAGGCAGCAGCUUGCUGUGACUGAUGUUAUUAAGAAUGCUGAUGUCAUAUUGACAACGUUGACUGGUGCAUUUUCUCGCAAACUAGACAACACUACAUUUGAUUUGGUUAUAAUUGAUGAAGCUGCUCAGGCACUUGAGAUAGCAUGCUGGAUGGCUCUACUAAAGGGUUCAAGAUGUAUACUUGCAGGUGACCAUCUUCAGCUUCCUCCAACUAUCCAGAGUGUUGAAGCUGAGAGGAAAGGGUUAGGAAGAACCCUCUUUGAACGCCUUGCAGAUCUGUAUGGAGAUAAAGUCACAUCCAUGCUCACUGUCCAGUACCGCAUGCAUGAGCUUAUUAUGAACUGGUCAUCUAAAGAGCUUUACAACAGCAAGAUUGAAGCCCAUCCAAGUGUUGCUGCACACAUGCUCUUUGAUCUUGAGAAUGUUAAGAGGUUGUCUUCGACAGAACCCACCCUUCUUCUUAUAGACAUAGCUGGGUGCGAUAUGGAAGAGAAGAAGGAUGAGGAAGAGAGCACAUUGAACGAGGGUGAAGCCGAGGUUGCUAUUUCACAUGCGAAGAGACUUGUUCAGAGUGGAGUCCAUGCUUCUGAUAUUGGAAUUAUUACUCCUUAUGCUGCACAGGUGGUCCUGCUGAAGACUUUGAAAAGCAAUGAAGAUAAGCUAAAGGACAUGGAAAUCUCAACUGUUGAUGGUUUCCAAGGUCGGGAGAAGGAAGCAAUUAUUAUUUCAAUGGUUCGAUCAAACUCAAAGAAAGAGGUUGGGUUUUUAAGUGACUGUAGGCGAAUGAAUGUGGCUGUGACACGAGCAAGAAGACAGUGUUGUCUUGUAUGUGACACUGAAACAGUAAAUAGUGAUGGAUUCUUAAAGCGACUGGUUGAGUAUUUUGAGGAGCAUGGUGAGUAUCUAAGUGCUUCUGAGUACUGUAAUGAAUGAGUGAAGAUCCCAGGGGAGCAGUAGUCUUAUCACAUUAUGAGGGUAUUUCAAUCUGUUGGCUUUGGGUUGUCAUUCUUUGAAUCUCUUACUAGUAUUUGGAGAAGAAAAAAUUAGUAUUCUUAUGUUCUAUACAUUUAUCUUGUCUAUGUUUGUUAUGUUUGCAAAAUAAAAAAUAAAGUGACCUGAUAGAGACA